CUAUACUUGAAACGACUAUUCUGUGUUCAAACGUCUUGGCGGAUAAUUUCAGUAGUCACAUAGAAUAAUGACGAAUGAAAGAUUCUCAAUCCAACCUCAAAAGCCUGUAACAUGCAUAUUGGCCACGAAGCUGGCAAUUUCUGUUACAUCCCCUUCGCCGCGGGGCAAAAACUCGAGCAUAUAUUAGCUGAUAACUCAUCAUUGCAACCACAUGCGCCUUCCUCCCUCCUUGUGGGUGUCGGUGUUGAUCAGGUUCCCGGUAUUCGGUGUACCUGCGUGAUUUGGCUUAAUCAAAUAACCAGGAUGAACGCUACGGUGGAAGCCUUGAGCCUUGGAGCCUUUGCUGAUCUGAGUGGGUAUUGCAUUCGCGCACUGACCCGUGUGGCUCGCUGCACGAAAUACGUAGCGUACACUUGGCUAAACAUCCUCCGCUAGUCUUAAUGGGGGAACGACGUGGUUUCCAAGCAAGUCAAUACUGGGGAGCAGGGAGACUAGAAAAAGCAAAUACGAAAAAGGAGAAAUGCAGGGCCAGAACAAAGAAAAUAAAAAGGAUAAAAAGUAAAGAAAAAAGAGGGAGUAAUGAGAGAAUGAUCCCGUCCUUAAACGGAUCUAGGAGGUUUAACCCGUUUAUUUGUCUGUCAGUUAUUACGUGGGGCUGGAGCUUGCGGGGUUUCUGGGUUUCUGUUUUUCCCCUCUGACUCUGUAACUGUUCCCAGGCAUUGCCACACCGUGGAAGGUCUUCCAUACAUUCUCCGCAUACUAUACUGAAAUUUACGUCCCGUACUCACACA